AUGAGCUUUCAAUCACAAAACACACAUAUUUAUUCAAGCUUAUCAACACUUCCCACUCCGCCAUCUCACCGCCCUGUCGUCAACUCAUCUCCUAAAAAACAUCGCAAUAAUAAUAACGACGAUGCUCCAAGAUCGAAGACGGCCGGAGUUAGCCUGAGAUCGGGAUUGUCGCAUGGCAAUGUAGAGGCUGAGCAGGUGGCGGCUGGUUGGCCCACUUGGCUCAGCUCUGCCGCACCGGAGGCCGUUCAUGGGUGGAUUCCAUUACGCGCCGAGGACUUCGAGAAAAGAGAGAAGAUUGGGCAAGGGACGUAUAGCAACGUGUUCCGGGCUUGUGAGGUAUCAACGGGACGAGUUAUGGCUCUAAAAAAAAUAAGGGUUCAGAAUUUUGAAACUGAAAACGUAAGAUUUAUUGCCAGAGAAAUUAUGAUUUUGAGAAGACUAGAUCAUCCAAACAUCAUGAAACUCGAAGGGAUCAUCGCGUCACGUAAUUCAGGCAGCAUGUACUUUGUGUUCGAUUACAUGGAGCACGAUCUCGAAGGCUUAUGUACAUCUCCUGACAUCAAAUUCACCGAGGCACAGAUAAAAUGCUACAUGCAGCAGCUUAUAUGGGGAGUAGAACAUUGUCAUCUACGAGGGAUUAUGCAUAGAGACAUUAAAGCCGCAAACAUUCUGGUGAAUAACAAAGGAGUUUUAAAGCUAGCUGAUUUUGGACUAGCUAACAUUGUAACGCCAAAAAACAAGAAUCAGCUAACAAGUAGGGUUGUGACGCUAUGGUACCGUGCACCUGAACUUCUAAUGGGUUCAACGAGUUAUAAUGUAUCCGUGGAUCUUUGGAGCGUUGGAUGUGUUUUCGCUGAGAUUCUUACCGGAAGACCACUGCUUAAGGGAAGAACAGAGAUUGAACAACUUCACAAAAUUUAUAAACUAUGUGGAUCACCAAAUGAAGAGCUUUGGGAAAAGAACAAGCUUCAUCCUCAAACUAAGAUGUUUAAAACACAACAUCAAUAUGAAGGUUGUCUGAGAGAAAGAUUUGAGGAGUUUCCCAAAACAGCAAUUGAUCUUCUUGAGAAUCUAUUAUCUAUGGAUCCAGAGAAACGAGGAACUGCCUCUUCUGCUCUCAUGUCCGAGUACUUUAACACAAAGCCUUACGCUUGUGAUCCAUCGACAUUACCUAAGUAUCCACCUAACAAAGAAAUGGAUGCUAAGUACCGUGAAGAACUUCAACGAAGAAGAAGAGUUACCAUAAAUAAAAGAGAUAACUUGGCAUCAAAGAAAGCAGUGAAAUCACGUAGAAUAAUCAAAGAGCCUUCAAACCUUAACACGUUACCAACUCAACAGGAAUCGAAGAAGGAAGCAGAGACACAGAUCAUUCUCCAGACGCCAUCAGAGACAUCUCAAGCGACCACUAGAAGCCAGUUUCCGUACACUGGUUUAUCUCAAACCACAGCGCCGGCAAGCGGGUUUGCAUGGGCUGGUACGAAGAAGAGGAAAGAAAACGACGCAGCUUCAACGCUGACUUAUAACCAGCCUGCAGGAUCCGCUAGCCACGUCAGUGGUAUGAGCAUGGCAUUUGCGAAGAACACUUUUGGGUUAACAAUAAAUGAAGACAAACCGUUUCUUAGGCCGCACGUUUCUCUAAACUCCUCCGGCGUGCAUCACAAGAAACCAGAAGAAGAUGCGUUGAGUCAGUUGAAUGCUGUUUUUCAAACUAACGGGAUGAAUGAGAUAUUACGGAGGACUGAGAGUGAUGCCAGAGUCGGUGUUCGAAAACCGCCAAAAAUAGAAAGAGGUUAAAAAUGGGAGACAAAAAGAGUUACCAUUACUUUUAGCCAAUGUCAUAUAUCUUCACUUGGCAUCAUUUGUAGUCCAUAAAAUUUAAAAAUGUGUCACAAACAAACCAAGACGGUCUGAAACCUUCAAGUUCUAAUGUGAAGUUUAAUAUGUUGAAA